UCUCAAUGAACUUGUCAACAAAUUGACAGUCUGACCAUGAAAGUCAUUUAUUAGCUCUAGAUAUCAAUAAAUAGUUUGGACAUCGGGAACUUUUACACCUUUUAAUUGUUUCAAUUCCAAUUUGAGUGUCUCACUUGAUUGGAAAGAAGAAAAAAAAAAACUAUUUCCCGUUAUAGCUAUGAUUCUUAGAAUUUUGGUCUAUCUGCUUAUAUUUUCCUAUGGUUGGGUUGUGGUAGCAAGAACAAAUCCUACUGACUUGACUGCAUUGAGAUCUCUCAAAACACAAUGGAAAAAUACACCACCGAACUGGCGGAUCAAACAUGAUCCAUGUGAUCAGAAAUGGGAGGGCAUUUUCUGUAACAAAUCACGUGUGAUUAAGAUUAUAUUACCAGGAACAAAUUUAGCUGGUCCACUGCCUAAAGAUAUUUCAUUGUUAUCUGAAUUGCAGACUUUGGAUCUGUCAAACAACAGAGGUCUGACGGGUCCUCUUCCAUCAAAUAUUGGGAAUUUAAAAAAUUUAGUAGACCUCAGUGUUCUUGUGGCAUGUAAUUUCUCCGGUCCGAUUCCAGAAUCUAUAGGAUCACUUACGAAACUUAUUCAUUUGUUUCUGAAUAGCAAUAAAUUCAACGGAAGCAUACCUCAUUCCAUAGGUAAUCUCGCAAAUCUUGUCUGGUUAGAUCUUAGUGAUAACCAGCUAGAGGGACAUUUACCAGUUUCCAACUCAACUACUACCGGCCUGGAUAUGUUGCUUAAAGCCAAACACUUCCAUCUUGGACAGAACAAGUUCUCAGGUGCAAUCUCACCUAAACUUUUUAGCUCAAAUAUGGAUCUGAUGCAUUUCAUUUUAAAUGAAAACCAGCUGAAUGGAAGUAUUCCAGACACAUUGGGACUUGUACGGACAUUAGAAGUCAUUCGUUUAGAUAAAAACUUUUUUAGUGGCUCUGUGCCCCGAAAUUUGAGCAAGCUCACUGGUGUGACUGAGCUCUACUUGGCAAACAACUAUUUGAGUGGGGCAAUACCUGAUUUUACCGGAAUGAAUCUGCAAUAUUUAGAUUUGAGUAAUAAUAGUUUUGAUCCAACCACUAUUCCUCUGUGGUUCCAGACUUUGCCAAAUUUAACUACAAUAAUGAUGGAAAAAACUAGAUUAGAAGGGCAUGUACCGGUAGCACUGUUCAGCUUACCUCAACUUCAAACUCUGUUACUACGAAACAAUCAGCUUAAUGGCACCGUGGAAAUUUCUGCCAACAUCAGCAGCAGUCUUCAUCUUAUAGAUUUGCGGAAUAAUUUCAUUGAUGGAUUUAGCUCUAGUGUCGACAGCAAAGACUUGAUUAUGAUUGAUGACAAUCCACUCUGUCGAAAGCCAGAAGCCACACAAAUAUGCAAUACAGUCCAGCCUUCAAAUAUCUCAAUAUUUCCAGAUUGUGCCUCUGUGGGUUGCUUUGUAGACUCAAAACUUCCAUCUGAUUGCAAACGUCUUUAUCUUGGUUACCUGAUCUUCAGAACAUUCAGCUUUUCUAACCUUGAGAAUAACAGCAACUAUUUGUUUCUAAGAAACGAUUUGCAACCUUUUCUUGUAUCUCAUGGAGUACCACUAAAAAGAGUGUGUUUGGUGAGUUCGACAAUGGAUAUUAAUGGGUAUCUUGUAUUGAGCAUAUCAUUCUUCCCUCAUGGUGAUACUUACUUUAAUCGAACGGGGAUCUCAACCAUUGGCAAUGUUCUCAAUAACCAAAUUUUCAACUCCCCAUACGGGCCUUAUUUCUUCAGGGAUAUGUCUUAUAAUUCCUUUCCAGCUGCAGAGGGAAGCAAAAGCAUUGGAUUUAUUAUUGGAGUAACAAUGUGUAGCUUUAUGCUUGUGGUUCUUACAACCACUGCUGGAGUUUAUGCCUAUCGUCAAAGGAAGAUAGCUCAGAGAGCUGCUAAAUCAAACAAUCCUUUCUCUUCCUGGAACGAAGGUGAAGUUCCUCAAGUGAAGGGAGCUAGAUGGUUCUCAUUUGAAGAUGUCAAACGGUGCACCAACAAUUUUUCACAUGAAAGUGAAAUUGGAGUUGGGGGUUAUGGGAAGGUUUAUAAAGGGAAGCUGGAAAGUGGAGAUCUAGUGGCAAUCAAAAGAGCUCAACUGGGAUCAUUACAGGGCGCCCUGGAGUUCAAGACUGAGAUUGAACUGUUAUCAAGGGUUCACCACAAGAAUGUUGUCAAUCUAGUUGGCUUUUGUUACGAUAAAGGUGAACAGAUGCUGAUUUAUGAAUAUGUUCCAAAUGGAAGCCUCAGAGAAGCUCUUUCAGGGAAAUCUGGAAUUCAAUUAAAUUGGACGAAGAGGUUAAAAAUAGCCCUUGGUGCAGCUAGAGGUUUGGCGUACUUGCAUGAACUUGCUGACCCACCCAUCAUACACAGAGACAUCAAAUCCGACAAUAUCCUCUUGGGUGAACGUCUGAAUGCAAAAGUGGCAGAUUUUGGUCUGUCCACACUUCUUAGUGAUGAUGGAGCUCAGUUCACCACCCAAGUUAAGGGAACACUGGGAUAUUUGGAUCCAGAAUACUAUAUGACCCAGAUACUGACUGAGAAGAGUGAUGUUUAUAGCUUUGGAGUGGUGAUGCUGGAGCUGGUGACUGGAAGGUUUCCAUUGGAGAAAAAUAAAUACAUUGUCAGAUUAGUGAGGGAGGAACUAAAGGAGACAGGGAAUGUUUUUAGUCUUGUGGAUCCUGCCAUGCAUUCAGAAUCAGACAUUCUGAGUGGCACGGAAGAGUUUGUGAAACUGGCAAUGAGGUGUCUUGAAGACAUUGGAGAUGAUAGGCCUUCAAUGAGUGAAGUGGUGAAAGAGAUCGAGAAAAUGAUUGAAGCCAUUAAUCUGAACUUUGAUGUUGAAUCAAUUACCACCUCAGCGAGCUAUGGUGGAGUACGAGAUAGUGGUUAUCCUUAUAGCAGCAAUAACAAUGUUUCCUUUGAUAUCAUAGGAAGCGGUCCUGUCGUUAGAUAACAAACAUCUGUACAAAUGUCCCUGUUGGUGACAUACAUGAUUUACUUUGUUCAGUAUAGUGUUUUACACAUUUGUAUAUAAUGUGCAGCAGUCAUUCCUAUUGUGCAUUAUAACAUUUCAGAUUAGGUCACUUGGUUUAUCUGUUUUCUUGAGCUGUGAUGACAUAGGUUUAGUCCUCUUAAAGGCGUAGGAGCGUAGCUGAUGUUAUGACUAAAUAUUUUGAGGAUAAACAUUAUUCUUGAUUAAUGAAAUCCCUUCUUUCUUUUG